UCCUCCUCCCUUCCAAAGGAAAAGAGAGAGCCCUCCUCUCCUCUCCUACCCUCUUCUUCCUCCUCCUCCUCCUCGCCUCCCACCAAACCCUAGCACGAGCAGCCCAAUCCAUCUCCAGCCUCACGAGCUCCAGUUCGGAGCAGCCUCGCGGUGGGACGAGUCGCCAGUUGGGGAGCUCGGAGGAGGUGAGGCCGUGGUUGGGGGUUGGGAAGGGGGGAAGGCCAAGAAAUGGCGGAGAAGGAGGAGGGCAAGGUGGCGGCGGAGGGUGGGGCGGAGGCGGAGGCCGACGAGGAGGUGGAGGUCAAGUUCCGCCUCUUCGACGGCUCCGACAUCGGGCCCCUCCGCUGCAACGCCGUCGCCACCACCGUCGCCGCCCUCAAGGACCGCGUCGUCGCCGACUGGCCCAAAGAUAAAACAAUUGUCCCGAAGACUGCUAAUGAUGUCAAACUGAUAAGUGGAGGAAAAAUUCUAGAAAACGACAAGAACAUUGCGCAGUGCAGAGCACCUUUUGGUGAUCUUCCGAGCACUGCUAUCACAAUGCACGUUGUUGUGCAGCCAUCAUCAGCCAAAUCAAAACCUGACAAGAAGACCAACAAGUUGCCAAAGACCACUCGCUGCUCAUGUACCAUACUAUGAAGGUUCAGUGUCAACUCCAUCGACAAUAAUUUGUAUGUCCGUGAAAAUUAUGCAGAGAGACAACGAAUGGAGAGAAGAUUGAAGAAAAUCUGGUGCCAGAGGAGUCCGAUGUGUUGUGAGAUUGUAUUGUAAUUGUAAGCUUAGAUACUACAGAGAGUUCGUCCCUCUGCGGCUAGGGAAAAAUAGAUGUCGUUCGGUCGGUUGCUUGUCUGUUUUACCCAACAAAAUGUUUCUAUAUGAUGUACAAUAUACACAUACAUGCUGUUCUGGAGGAAGAAGUUGGUUGUUUUUCCGUGUCAAGUUCAGUUCA